CUCCACCCACUCACCAUUAUUUCCAGGUGGGGAGCGCAGUCUAGCGGGGAGGGACUUUAACGGGUCUCUCUUCUUUAAAAGUAGAUUUAUUUCUUUACGGGCACACAAAUUAUCACUUUUGAGGGACGCAUUCACUCGUGGAGCGACAUCAGAAGACGCAAACAUGGGAAGAGCGAAUGUGUGGCUGAAACGGGCUUUUAUUUUCGUGAUAAGUCUGAUCGCGAUAAUCAGCUUGUUGCUGCUGGGAUUCAGUCUUUUUAGCCAUGGACACUUACACCAACAGGAAGAGGCAGAACGCGAGAUUGCAGCCAUACAUAUUAUGUAUGUUAUUGCUGUUGUAAUUAUUCUCUUGACCAUCUUUGGCGCAAUCGGUGUCUGGAAAGAGAAACAGUGGGCCCUAAUAGUGUAUGCAGUUGGAAUGAUUCUGAGCAGUCUUGUCAUGUUGGUGCUUAAUAUUCAAGGACUGGCUUCACAAUCUCAGGUACGUGAAGAAUUGAAGAAGCAGUACCUGAACCUUUUACCCCUGGUUAAUUCUACUGAAGUCCUCGAUGAUAUACAGACAGAAGUAUGUAAGACUUUGCAGUGUUGCGGACUUGAGAGCUACCAGGACUGGAAGUUCAACAUCCCAAAUUCCUGUCUAUGCGCCAACAAGUCCACUAAUCCAUGUGUGGCGGCUCCUAGAAACAGCAGCCUGUUUAACAGCCAGAAGGGCGACGGGCCUAUUAUGAUUUAUGAAAAGGGAUGCCUUCCAUACUUCAUCGAGACCAUAAUGAGUGUGAUUAGGACUGUGUUGGGCGUAACAAUGGGAAUCAUGUUAUUGUGGAUAUUGUCAGCAGUAUUGUGUAUAGCCAUCUUGUGCCAGCUCGAUCGGAAGAAAGACACCCCUGCAGUGGUCUACAGUGCAGAGGCAAAAGCAGGCAACUACACCACCCUCACAGAGGUUUCAGACCACUCCUGAUUUCUUUGUUUCUGAUUCAGCGUGUUAAGCAAAGCUAAGGCAAACCUUGGAGGCAAUGGGAUUAAUAGAAGACGUUAUGAUGAUUGGAUAUAUUGACUAUAUUAUACCAUGCAAGUGUAUUUUGAACUUCUUUGUUAAGGGUAUUUUCUAUUCACUAUGUAAUCCCUAAUGAGCUGUACAUUUGGGCUGUGCCACAAAAAACAAAACUGUGAAAGACUAUGUUCCUUUUUUGAUCAAUAUUUCUAUCCAGUAUAACCAAAAGGGAUAUGAUAAGUGACAGAGUGUCUUAACCGCUUUGCGCCUUUGAGCUCUGUGUUUAGAGACUUGUGGUAAUUCUGCCCUGACAUGGAGUGUAAUCUAGUACCUCUGUGAUUUUUAGCACCGGCAAGCAAGAAACUAAGUAAAAAUUCAGAGUUUAAAGCUAAUGUGCUCAGCAAAAAAGCACUUAUGAAUAGUAUGGGUGAAUUAAAGCUUAACUGAUAUUUUGUAGUUUGGUAGCUUUUCAUUUUUCUUUAACUCUGACUCUUUUUUUUUUUUUUUUCAUUCAAAGCUUUUUAAUACUCUCAUAUUUGAUAAGACGGGGGUUUAGUAUAAGGUGCCUUUUUUCAUUGCUCCGUAUCGUUUAGAUCAGCUGCUAAAGAAAAAAAAAAUCCUUCAAUCCACUUUCUUCCUUAGCCUUGCUGUGGCACAUCCCACAUCCUUUAUCCACUGCAUAAAUGAAAGGACAAAAGGAAAAUAUACAGCUUACAGUUUACACCUCUAACUGUCUAAACCACAGUUAAUGUAUCGAUUCUUGUUCCCUAGGUUUGUGGGAACAUUUUAGAAAAAUUCGAAAAUUCAUUGUGUAAUAAAAUGUUUUAUAUUCCCUUCA